GUCUGUCUUCUCCAUGCUGACAAGUUUGCGUAAGCGUUUGCUGUGUAACACCAAGCUACGCUCAAAGCUAUUGCAGAACAUAUUUAGAGACACACUAUUUAAAUUUCCCAGAUGAGACCUGGGGUGAGGCUUGUAGUAAGAGAUCAAACAUUUUGAGCAGAAGAAGGAGACAUACAGAGUGUGCUGGAUUGCAAGGAAUUUGUGUGAGAAUCCCUGGAACAGGAAUAAGACACAGAGUUGAAAAUGAAUCUGGACAGGGUCUCCUUUCGUGGACUGCACUUCAUGGAGUGUUUUUUUCUCAUGACUCUGCUGGGCACUAACUGGGCACUACCUAAAACAGACCCACCUGUAGAUCCUGACUACCCCUUCCUAUUCAUGUGGAACGCUCCCACAGAACUCUGCGAGACCAGAUUUGGCGUGGUUCUCAACCUCUCCCACUUCCAGUUAGUGAGCAGCACUUUGAAGUCUGCCACCAACCAAAGCAUCUCCAUUUUCUACACUGACCGUUUCGGCCUCUUCCCCUACGUGGACGAGGACACAGGGGAAAUGUACGACGAAGGCCUUCCACAGCUGAUUGAUUUCCAGGAACACCGUGAGCAGGCCGAAGAUGACAUUGAAUACUACAUCCCCGAAGACCAACCAGGUCUCGCCAUCCUUGACUUUGAGGAGUGGCGACCACAGUGGGCCCGGAACUGGGGCAGCAAGGACAUCUAUCGAGAUCUCUCAAUUGAGACUGUGAAAACCAAGACCCCAACCUUAUCCGACGACGAGGCCGAAGACAGAGCCAAGAUAGUGUUUGAGCGAGCAGCAAAGCGAUACUUUCUCCGAUCUCUCUUGGUUGGGAAGAGGCUAAGACCCAACAGGCUUUGGGGAUUCUAUCUGUACCCGGACUGUUACAACUACGACUACAACCAGGAUAUGAGUGAUUAUUCUGGGAGUUGUCCUGAGCUUGAGCAAGAGAGGAACGAUGAGUUGAUGUGGCUAUGGAAGGAGUCCACUGCUCUCUAUCCAUCCAUCUAUCUGGAGCUGAUCCUGAGAGAUUCCUACCAAGCCCGCCUGUUUGUCCGCCACCGCAUUCAGGAAGCUAUGAGAGUAUCCAUGCUCCCCAACCAAAGUUACGCCAUUCCUGUCUACGCCUACAUCCGCCCAGUUUUCAAAGAUAGUGGUGAUGACUACAUGUCAGAGUAUGACCUGGUGAACACCAUUGGGGAGGCAGCUGCCCUGGGAGCGGCUGGGGUGAUCUCCUGGGGGGACAUGAACGUCACUGACUCAGAGGACUCCUGCUUCGCUGCCAGACGCCACCUGGAGAAGAUCAUGAAUCCAUACAUCUUGAAUGUUUCCACAGCAUCGCGGCUGUGCAGCGAGGCUUUGUGUCAGGCAAAUGGCCGAUGCAUAAGAAAGCACUGGAACAGAGACGACUACCUACACCUCAACCCAUAUGUCUUCCAGAUCAAGAGAUAUAAAACAGGCAAUCUGGCUGUGAAGGGUGAAAUGUCCCAAUAUGAGAUUGACUGGUUUGCUGACAGAUUUGACUGUUUGUGCUACUCUGAUGAACCAUGUCAGUCCUCCAUUACUCUAAACUCCUUCCCCAAAUUUGUCCAAAGCAAUGGAACUCCCCAAUACUUCCAACCGUUUGUCAUUCUGACUUCUAUUGUCUACACUAUGUAUGUUUUUUUGUAAUGAUGUGCAACAUCACAGGAAGCUGGUGAAGGGAAGACUGCUAAUAAUGGCUGGAAUGGAGUAAAUGGAUUGGUAUCAAGCAUAUGGAAACCAUAUGUUUGAUACCAUUUGAUUUAUUCCUUUCCAGCCAUUACUAUGAGCCCGUCCUUCCCAAUUAAGUUGCCACCAGCCACCUGUGAUUUAUGUGUAUUGUGGACAAAAGGAGGUGUUGUACUGUGUUGUACUGUCACUUGGAGUUUCCAGGGCUUCUUGAGUUUAUGUUUGGGAUACUAGUUUGGGUUGCUACCAUAUGUAAAAAAUUCGAAUAAAAAAGUUCAGGUAAAAGGUAUGAACACACUGCACUUUGGUGAAAAUACGAAAACAUAAUUGAAACUGCCGUGAAAAGUGUAAAUACAUUUGAUGGUGAUGUAAAAGUACACAUUAUGAUGAAAUACCAUAAUUUCCAAGUAAAGACAAGAUCACAAGUGUAACUGGAUAUACUGUAUAUCCACAACUUUUAACUAGGUUUCUAAUGUGAUAUACUGUAUAUCCACAACCUUUAACUAGGUUUCUAAUGUGAUAUACAGUACCCAAUAUCUUAUGACACUGUAAGAAUUCAUCAGGUAUAUAGGCUACUGGCAUUUGGCUACUGGCAUUUCCUGUCAAUGACAAGUUUCCUGUUCACAAAUCUCCAGAUGGCUUUCAAAACCUGUUGUUUAGCUCAAGGGAACUUUGUGACUGUCUGACAGAUUUUUUUUAAAUACAUUGAUCAUGAAAAUACUUUUUAACUCUGCAUUGCUGGGAAAAGGCUCAUAAGUAAGCAUUUCACAGUAUAGUCUAUACCUGAUGUAUUCAGGCAUGUGACAAAUAAAAUGUGAUUUGAUUUCA